UUCCCUUUCAAACUGCAAGAGUCGAGUUUCCCCGUGUAUCUUUGCCUAUAUGACCAUUACCACACUUUCCAGUUAUCAGCCAGCCUCGUCCAAUUCCACAUUCUCUAUUGAAAGCGCACACCGUUCAUCACCAAUUCCCAACAUUAUAUCUCAGCGCCUUGUGCUAGCGCAAAGUCAUCCUCAACUUGCAGCCUUGCUGGACCCCGUAUUAUUGGGGUGUCGACACAUCACUGUGGUUGUUUAGUACAUUAACCCCGGUGAGGGCUGAUGAGGAAGCGCUCUUUGCGAAGACAUUCGAAUCUUCCUCUCCAGCGAAUUCCAAGGCAUUCUCGUACGAGAUCAAAACGGCAGCGACGUGUGACCAUUCGCUUCAUUCCGCGGCAGUGGCAUCGCAGGGAUCCUGCCAUGGCACACUGGGACCUAUUCAAUAAGAAGAUAGAGCCGUUCAAACGGAGGACUUUGAAACGUUCCAUAUUUGUUCCCAUCCGAUCUACGCCGGCAAAUUUGGGCAAGGAAGCGAUCCCAAAAAUGAUUCCCAGUUUUCCACCCAAUGAAGACGAUUAUACACGGAAGAAACAAAAGCUUGACGACCGGACUCCUUUUGAUGCCGAAAAUUUUCAUGACAAUUCAUCUGAUGUCGUCAAUGCACUUACAACACCCCGCAUUCUCCGAGCCCCUCGUCUAGUCGUUCCUCUUCUCCUACGCGGAUGUCCGAGACUAACGACAAAAUGAACAUCGAUCCGCCAGAUCAUUACCGUCCCAUUGGCUCAGAGCAAAGCAUUUAUCUCUCCGACUUGACAAUUGUUCGACGUAUACCACAGCAGGACUGGCCCACUUCAAUAUCAUCGAUUGAUCAACCUGUUAUGGCAGUCGGUUG